UUGGCUGCCGGGUUACGGUAGAGAGAAUAACAUUAUGAAUACAUUUAAAAUUAACCAUCUGAUGAAUUGUACCAUACACUAAGAGCGGUAUGUAAUCAUUGCAAGGAAACUGCCACAUCAAGAAGAAAUCCUCGAUUUGAAAAAUAUGGCAAGCCAAAGGACAGUAAUAGCAAGCUAGGUAAUUAUCCAGCAUUAUUCCUGUUACAAGCUCCAGGAGGCUGUCGCCCCCGCAGCGUUUUGGGAAAGGCUGUUGGAAGUUAGCUAGCAACAGAGUGUAUUCGCUAGCCGAAGCGUAGGUUAGCUGGUACUGUGCUAUACCUAGCCAGCCAGGCAGCACAUUAUUGAGUGUGUGAAGGUCCUCUGAGAAAAAUGCUUGUGUGCAGUGUUUGUGCGGUUUUGCAGCUUCUGGGUCGGUGUUCUCUGGUAGAUUAGUUACGCAAUUGUAUUAACAAUUCAGUUUACGCUAUUGCAGGAUUUUAAAAUUGCAAUGUGUAAAAUACUCACAAUGACAACAUUUAGUUAGCCAACACAAACAGGUUAGCUAGCUAUAGCAUAUCAUAACAAUUUUGUUGUAUUUAGUACGUUUGCCACCUACCUAGAGCUUUGCAAGUGAUGCAUGGUACUUUUAGAUAGCUAGAUAUUGUUGUUUAUCUAGCCCGCUCGCUAUUUUCGAGGGCUAACUUGGUGCUUAGUUACCUAGAUAUAUUUUUAGUAGUUUUACCUGUUGUGAAGGCGGAGAUUAUAACGUUAAUUGAUUGCAAAACAACAUGGUUAUAGUUAACUGUCUAACUAAAAACUGAGGAAACGCCACUGGUUGUCUGUCUGGACAAGAACAGUCUUCCAGGGUGAACAAUGACUGGACCAAGCUCUGCUGGCACCAGCUCAACAGCAUCUAAAAUCGGUAGACACGGCCGCUCAAAAAGCACCAACAACUGCAAGUCCACUUCGGGUGCCGAAUCAGCCUCUUCCAGCUCCACAGCCAACACUGGUCGGUCAUCGGGAGAGGAAGAGGAGAAAGAUGGAGGUGCGCUGUUUUAUGUGAACAGAACUGGUUUUCCCAUUGAAAGUGUCACUUGGGAAAGAAUGUGGACUCAUGUUGCCAAAGUGCAUCCCGAUGGUCAAGAGACGGUGGACAAAAUAAGGAACGCCGCAUACCUCCCUAAACACCCCGUGCCGUCGUUUCCGAACUUCAAGCCCUCCACGUCCGUCCCAGACUGGCUGCAGGCCGUCCAGAACUACAUGAAGAUGCUGCAAUACAAUCACACGGGCACUCAGUUCUUUGAAAUUAGGAAGACAAGACCUCUCAGUGGGUUAAUGGAGACGGCCAGGGAGAUGAUUAGGGAAUCCCUCCCCAUUAAAUGCCUGGAGGCGGUCAUCCUGGGAAUCUACCUGACCAACGGGCUGACCUCGGUGGAGCGCUUCCCCAUCAGCUUCAAGACGCAGUUCUCAGGGAACCACUUCCACCACGUGGUGCUGGGGGUCUACUGCAACGGGCGCUACGGCUCGCUGGGCAUGAGCCGGCGGGCGGACCUGAUGGACAAGGCGCUGACCUUCCGCACGCUCAGCGAGCUGGUCUUCGACUUCGAGGACUCGUACCGCCGCUACCAGCACGCCAUCAAGAAGGUGAAGAUCGGCCUGUACGUGCCGCACGACCCGCACGUCUUCCAGCCCAUCGAGUGGAAGCACCUGGUGCUCAACGCCGGCCGGCUGGGCCGGGAGGACAUGCGCAAGGAGCUGGAGAAGCACGCCCGCGACAUGCGCAUGAAGAUCCUGAAGUCGUCGAGCGCACAGUCUCCCAUCAAAGAGCGAACGAGGGGCAAGUCCCUCUCCCCCCGCCGCCGACAGACCAGCCCCCAAAGACGACACGUCCACAGGAGAGACAAAUCGCCUGCCGCUGUGGACCGAAAACCUGCCGAACUCAGUACCCUGAACGACGGCUACCAAAUCCGCAUCUGAGGUCCUCUUCUCUCCUCUUCUCCUCCCCUCUCCUCUCCUCCCCUCCUACCCUCUGUCACCCUGUCCCCGGGUCAGCUCCACAAAGCUCUAUUUUAAAUGUAUUUAAUGGACAUUGUGUGUAUUUAUGUACAUAUGUUGCUGGGCUCCUUGCUCUCAGCAAGACAAUUUGUCCAUGAUGGAAAAGCAUCACUGGAAUGUUCUGGACUGUAUGUUGGGACAACAUAUCAUGGGACGUUAUCCUCCCAAUUCUGUUAUACCUUUCAAAUAGUUUGACCCAGAGUUCAUUGGCUUCACUUACAGCAGUCCUUUUUGAUGUGUACAAGUCAGGGCUGUGGCCAAUCCGGGAGCUUGGAGAAUCCCCAAAAUAUCUUAAGAUUGAAGAUAAACACAUCCGUCCACAACCAUCCAUCCCUGCCACGGUAGUAAACUUUGGGUACACAGAGAUCUAUUUUUUAAAGCCCUUGCGCGGUGAUUUUUUUACUAUGAUGUAGCGUAAUCUAGGGGCCCGUGUUAAAUGUCCUCUUAAACACGGCCGUUAUUAAUAUUGUGCCAGCGGGUGUCGCCUGGAGACGUGCAGGAAAGUCGAACGUAUCGAUUUCUCCUCUGACAGACGGAAAGCAGCAUCAUCUGUGGAUUCCGCUGCUGCCGUCUGGAGCUGUGAGGGAAUGUGAAGCUGUUUUCUUUUCACACGUUCGUAGCUUUUAAAAGACAUUUUUUAAGCGCCCCACACGGUCGGACCCGGUCCAGGACGUCAGUACGGACGAUGGAAGCCAACGUUUUGCUCGAGCGGUAGAGAACGGUUGCGUGAGGAGGGGGGGGG